UCCACACACUCCUCUUAUUCCCUGCCCUUUCUCCCUCCGGCGGCCGGCGAUGGCCGCCUCGCGCCGCCUGGCGCGGAAGCUCCCCUCCAUCAUCUCCAAGCACCAGCGCCUCAUCUCGCCGGAGAUCGAAACCCUAGAUGAGACCCCCGAAAUCUCCACCUCGCCCGCCUCCAUCCCCCUCGACCCCUCCCUGCCGCUCCUCCCGCUCGCCGUCUCCCACCUCUCGCCGCCGAGCCCCCUCCCGUCUCUCCCCUCCGCGCACGCCUCCUCCCCGGAGGCGCUCCUCCGCCUCCUUCGCCGCGCGCGGCACCACCCGCGCCUCGCGCCGCUCGACCUCCACCUCCUCCUCGCGGCCGCCGACGCCUCCUCGGCCUUCCGCCCCGACCACCGCCUCACGAGCCUCCUCGCCGCGCGCCUCGCGGCCUCCCGCCGCCUCCCCUCGCUGCAGCGCCUCCUCCAGCUCGUCCUCUCCCGGCCCUGCCCCUGCGUCGACGACUCCAUCUUCGCCUGCCCCGACCUCCUCCCCACCUUCCGCAAGGCCAUCCUCGCCUUCGCCACCUCCGGCGACAUCCCCGCGGCGUCCGAGGCCCUCGCCUCCCUCCGCCGCGCUGCGGACUCGCCCCUCCCCGCGGAGUUCUACAACAUCAUCCUCCACGCCCUGGUCCGUCUCCACCGCCACGACGACGCCAUCCGCUUCUACGGCGAGAUGACCAGCGUCCACCGCGUCGCCCCGGAUGCCUACACCUUCAACAUACUCAUCAACAGCUCCUGCCGUGUCGAAGGCGUCGAUGCCGCCAUGCGGUGGUUUGAGGAGAUGCGGCGACGGAGCUGUGCGCCGACUGGUGUGAGCUUCAACACUCUUAUGCGCGGUUUCUUCAGAGAAGCAAGGUACAAGGAAGGCCUUAAGGUUGCUCACGAGAUGCUGCAACUUGGGGCCGGGUUGUCGGUUGCUUCCAUGGAGAUUUUGAUCGGUGGGUUGUGCCGUGGAGGCGACGCUUUGAAGGCAGCAGAGGUGUUUGCGGAGUUUUUGGUGGAUGCGGUGGUGCCGGAAGGGUUUGAUUGCUUGGAUCUGGUUGAAUCCCUGUGCCAUGUUGGAAGGGUGGACAAAGCAGUGGAAGUGGUGGGGUUGGUAUUGGAGAGGAACAGGGCAUCCUGCUUGAGCGUCCCUGCCGGUGUAACGGUUCUGGACUGCUUGAUGAAGGCGGGGAAGCUGGAUGAUGUGUGCCGGUUGAUGGGAAGGAUGGUUGGGGAGGGGAUUGUACCAGAUACCAUAUCUUGUAACUGUAUCUUCGAGGCACUUUGUGAAGCUGGGCGGACUUCUGAUGCAAACAAGCUGAGGAUUCUGGCUAAGGAGAAGGGUUUUCAGGCUGAUCGUGUGACUUAUAGCAUGCUGGUGCAGGGGUUUGGUAGGCAAGGGAGGGUGAAGGAAGGCGAGACUGUGUUGGAUGAGAUGCUUGAUUUAGGGUUUAUACCAAACAUUGUGGCUUACAAUAGGCUUCUUGAUGGCUUACAUGUGCGGAGAUCUUUGGAAUAACAAGUGAACUCCUCUAGGCAUGUGUAUGCUCCAAACAUUUUUUUGGCCACGUGGAAGCAUCAAACUGCAAGAAGUCAGAGAGUUGCUGCUUAGAAUUCAUGCGCACAGACUUUUGGAGGAACAUAAAACAAAACAAGGGAUAGUCGGAUAGAUGUCAGUUGAGAUGAGCGGUGGUCACAAUUGCACUGACAGAAGUUGCGAAAUUCCAGUGAUUCAAAUGAGGUAUUGUUUUGAUUAUGCUCUUUAGUUCGAACAUUAGUAUUGAUUUUGUUGUCUGCACACAUUUUUGCUUCUUAGUUAAAGUACCAUUAGUCAUUGUCUUGGACUCGUGGUAUCUGUAAACAGUUAUGUGAUUCACUGAUUUGUUCGUCCUCCUACGGGAUCUAUAUUCACUUUGUUCGUCAAGGAUGCAAUCGGCCAACCCGCCAAGCCUGCAUAUAGCUAUACCAUUUUUUGGAACGGAUAUAUAACUAUACUUAAAGUCAACUUAGUGCAAUUCCCCAUUUGAAAUUAGCAUAAGGUUAGGUAUACAUAAAUGUGGGCUUUGUGGGUUGCCUUCUUGCAUUCGUAAUUAUCACUUGCCUGGACUCCUAGUAAGCAAGAUACAAAAAGGUUUGGGUCUUCUUGGGUGUUUCUCCUCUCGAUUCUGGUAAAUUAUCAAUUGAUGUCCUAGUUAAUACUUGCAACAGUUCUGGAUCUGACAAGUCACAACCUCCAUCAGCGGGAACCCAUGUUUUCUCGUAUUGAUUUAAUCAGUAUCUUUUUUUAUUUAUAACCUUGGUUGGUUGCAAUGUUGUAUCAGUGCUGCGCAUUGGCCAGUCGACACUUCAAAUGUAACCAUACUUGUUACUCAAUUGUGUGACAUAUUGUGCUGUUUGAACUGUACAGUAUUCGAGUGCAUGUUUUGCUCAUUUCUUUAGACUCUAAUUAAUUCAUCU